CAAUAGUUAUCGAAUCAGUUUUCUAGUGUCCAAUCCGAUUUUGGAACCAGUUCGCGCUGGCAGAGCAGCUGGCACGUCACUGGUUUACCGUUUGUUGUCGUUUCGAUUCGCAAAAUCAUGAGUGCCCUGUUCAACUUCCAGAGCCUGCUGUCGGUCAUCCUGCUGCUGAUCUGCACCUGUGCUUAUCUGCGCUCCCUGUUUCCCAGCAUCAUAGACCGGAACAAGACCGGAUUCCUGGGCACCUUCUGGAAGCUGGCGAGGAUCGGGGAGCGAAAGUCGCCCUGGGUGGGCGCCGCCUGCCUGAUCAUGGCCUUCACGGUCCUCUUCUGGAGCUGAGUGGCUCGUCUAUAUAUAUUACAACCGGCAUAAUAUCGUAGAUAUUCCAAACUAUUAAGGACUGUAAAUACACGCUGCGUUUCGCAGCACUGGUUAGACA